AUGGCAGCAGGAAAAGGUCUACGAUUGACACUGGCCUGGUGCUUUGUAUUGGGGCUGUGGUUCUUGAAGCUCACCAAUGGCUUCGAGCAGAGACCCAUCGGGCAGUCUGCCAAAAAGCCGAACAUCAUCUUCAUCUUGACUGAUGACCAGGACCUCCAUAUGGACUCGCUCUCGUACAUGCCCUUCCUAAGGCAGCAUGUGAGCGAUCAUGGGACUUCCUUCCGGAGACAUUACUGCACGGUAGCAUUGUGUUGUCCAUCCCGAGUAAGCAUGUGGACAGGCAAGGCUGCGCAUAAUACCAAUGUCACCGAUUUACAUCCUCCUUGGGGUGGAUAUCCGAAGUUUGUCAGCCAGGGUUUCAACGAUGCAUAUUUGCCUAUUUGGCUCCAAGAAGCUGGAUACGAUACUUACUACGUGGGCAAAUUGUUCAAUGCCCAGAGCACGUCCAAUUACGACAAGCCUCAUGCAGCGGGAUGGACUGGUUCUGACUUCCUCCUUGACCCAUACACGUACGAGUAUUACAAUGCCACCUUUCAACGGAACAAGGACCACCCUGUUAGCUAUCAAGGUGAAUACUCGACGGAUGUAAUAGCGAAGAAAGCGUUUGGGUUUCUCAGUGAUGCAUUGAGGGCGGACAGGCCCUUCUUUCUCACUAUUGCACCGACAGCUCCCCACAGCAAUGUCCAUUUCAAUAAAGACACGGCAGAGCAAUCAAUGGCUCGGCCUGCCCAACGCCACAGUUACCUCUUCCCAGACGCUAGGGUCCCGCGGACUCCCAAUUUCAAUCCUGAUGUGUCGAGUGGUGCUUCCUGGAUCCUCACCUUAGCCAGGCAGAACCAGUCAAACCUCGACUACAAUGACGAGUGGUACCGCAACCGCCUCCGGGCUCUACAAGCUGUUGAUGAAAUGAUUGAUGGCGUUGUGCGCCGCUUGAAACAAGCUAGCAUGCUGGAGAAUACCUAUAUUUUAUUCUCGACUGACAAUGGCUAUAGCAUCGGACAGCAUCGAAGACAGCCUGGAAAGCAGUGCGCGUUCGAAGAAGACAUCAAUAUUCCUCUCAUCGUGCGAGGACCCGGUGUGCCAAAAGGCCAUCGCACGGAAAUCGUCACGUCGCACAUCGACCUGGCACCUACAUUUCUGAACCUCGCAGGUGUUGGUGGAAAUGAAUUGGCAAAGUACGAAUUGGACGGCAGUACAAUACCGCUCCACUCAUUGGCCUUGGUGCACUCGGAACAACCAUGGCCACAAGAGCACGUCAACGUGGAAAUGUGGGGGAUCAUUAUGUCCGAAGGGAGAUACGGGUAUAUCCUCUACCCCAAUCAUACCUACAAGGCCCUUCGGGUCAUCGGUGAUGGUUAUGAUCUGCUGUAUACUAUUUGGUGCAGCAACGAGCACGAAUUGUACGACAUGAACCAGGAUCCGUGGCAGAUGGACAACAUCUAUGGUGCAGAGACGAGACCUUUCAACAUUCCCAUACCUGCUGAAAGAUUAGGCGACUGCUCGUCUUACACUUCGCCGCUCAGAAGCACGGAACCAAUCCCUUUGAGAGUAAACGUCACUACCACAGUAUCGCACCUCACAUCGCGCCUCGAUGCUCUUCUCCUGGUGCUCAAAACCUGCAAAAUGGACGACUGCCGUUUUCCCUGGUCGGCCCUUCACCCAGCGGGCGGUGUUCACAGCCUCCGAGACGCGUUGGAUUCGCGAUUCGACGAUUUUUAUCGCACACGGCCAAAAGUGCAAUAUGAGCGGUGCGAAAGAGGGUACUUUCCUGCUAGUGAAGGUGCGAUGUGGAAUGGAGGCAUGUCUUUCAGAGCAAUGCAGCAUGAAGUGUGGACAGGUCCCUGA